AUGGCAACCACUGAUGAUGUUGUAACACCUCUGCUGCAAGCGCCUCGUCAGCAGGGUGAGAAAGCUGGACUUUACACUCAGUCCAGUAUGAGUUCGAACAGAGCUGAUGACCCUGCUAUAUUCACCCUACCUACCUUCACACAAGCUAGAGUCGUGGGCAAGCGGAAACUACCACAAAGUAUAGCUCAUCGUGGCUUUAAAGCAAAAUGUCCCGAGAACACAAUGUGUGCUUUCAAGACUGCCAUCGAAAAAGGCAGGGCUCAUGCUAUCGAGACAGAUAUACACUUGUCCAAGGACAACGUCGUCGUGCUGUCCCACGAUACUGAUCUCAAGCGCUGUUUUGGAAGACAGGAACGCAUAAUUGAAUGUGACUGGCAGUUUUUGAGUCAGCUGCGAACUAUCAAAGCACCACAUGAGCCAAUGCCUCGACUACAAGAUUUACUCGAGUAUAUUGCAAAUCCAGAACUGCAGCACAUUUGGAUAUUGCUUGACAUCAAGCUUGACAACGAUGCGGACAGUGUCAUGCGCCUGAUUGCAGAAACGCUCGCAUCUGUCUCUUCAGGUCCAAACAGAUGGCCAAGUCGAGUCGUACUUGGGUUCUGGGCCGCAAAAUAUCUGGACCUGUGCGCCAAAUACCUACCUGAAUACCCUGUGGCUAACAUCGGCUUCUCAACAUGUCACAGUCGACAAUUUCUUAAAGUACCUCAUGUUGGCUUCAACAUGUUUGCAAAAGCACUAUAUGGUCCAAUCGGAACACGUUUCAUCAAAGAUGUCCAGGCAGCUGGAAGACCACUAUAUAUCUGGACAGUCAACGAGCCCAACAUUAUGAGGUGGGGCAUCACGAAAAGCGUUGAUGGUGUCAUCACUGAUAACCCCGAACUCUUCAACCAGAUCUGUGACGAUUUCGAUCCUGAUCGAGACAGCGCUCAUAUCACGCUUUCGCAGUGGCUGUCUACCUUUUGGCUAUACAUAAUGCUGGCACUCUUUUCGAUACCGCUGAGGCAUCGGCUAGCUGGAUCGGCGGACAGUUUUCUGAAGAGGAGGCAGACGCUCAAGGUGAAAUCUACUUUGGCAUUGGGAGCAUAG